GUGAAGCCGGAGAAGAAGAGUUCUUGGAAAUAAUGGCUUUGGUAGGGAUGGCAAGCAAGCCUCUACAUGUUAGGCGACUCCAGAAGGCGCUACAAGAGUGGGUGAACAAUCCUGGUUUGACUUUAAAUUUUCAAGAGACGAGAAGUGCUAUCGCUAAGUCUCACCAAAACGGGGGAAAAGCUUGACUGUGAGGAUUUGGAAAGAGAAGACCGUACUUGUGUAAUACUAUUUGGAGUGAUGACUGUACUUAAGUGUUACUAUUUGGAACGACGACUUUACUUGUGUGUUACUAUUUGGAGAUACUGAGUGUACUUGUGUGACUAUUUGGAGAAACGAUUGUCUAAUGUGUUAUUAUCUGGAGAGAUGACUACUGUGCUUGUGUGUGACUUAAGGGAGAAUAUGGUGUACGUGGCAAGUACCGCCACCAGAGUUGUAAAAGACUUUAGUGAUAUAUGAAGUGUAUCUGUCAAGUGAAUAUGUUCGUCGUGUGUGAAGAGCUCAACAGUCAACAGCUGUUCAGCACUUGCAAUGUUAGCAAUCAGAAACUGAAGAAUAUUUGAGUUGAGGUGUGGUUAAAGUGGAUAACGUUAGGCUUUUCUGGAUAACAUGCUAUAAAACCCUGUAUGCUUAUUUAAUGUUUGUCCAGCGUGAGAUUACAUUAAUUACUUCAAUUUUUUUCAUGUUGAGGAAUGUUUUCCUCUCUUGAUUUCAGCCAUGUUUCAGACACCGCUUGUGCCCACCUUGCCCCCAAACCAUCCAAGCCACCUUAUGAACUCCUUAACCGCUUCGAGCAGGGCGGGUCCCGGUCCUUGCCCUGGUCCUGGAGCUCCUGUCAACCUAUCCCAGUCGUCGGGACUACCACUGAGACCCAGUACACCAGUCCCCAUGCUCCCAAACAUUAGUAGUCAUUCUUCCCCUUCCCCAGGAAGAAAGGAGGUACCGUCCCCCAGCCAAGCUCACGUGACGUCACAGCAUCAGCAUCAACAAUUCUCGCAGAUGCAACAACAACUUAGCCAGUCUUUUCAGCAGGUCACAGGAGAGUACGGACAACCGGGUUCUCCGAUUUCCCUUACACCGGUUCUUGUUGAAACUCAAAUCCAGCGGUUAGCGGAGGCAGCAGAGAUGUUGGUCAAGACGUUACCACCUUUAGAACCUAAACCUCAAAAUAACAAGAGGAAGAUUAGUAAGGAAUUGGAGUAUGUUAUGAAUAUGGCUGAUGAUGAUCCACAGAGAAUGGACGAAAUGAGAAAGUAUGCAGCAAUAUAUGGCCGAUUUGACUGUAAAAGGAAACCUGAGAAGCCUUUAACGCUACAUGAGGUAUCCGUAAAUGAAGCUGCUGCUCAGAUUUGUAAGCACAUCCCUGCCCUCCUCACCCGAAGAGAUGAACUUUUCCCCUUAGCCCGACAGGUGGUGCGGGACAGCGGAUAUCAGUAUUCUAAAGGCCAUUCCAGUUUUGACGAUCCUUCUAGGUCUCAGGGCUAUAGAUCAUGUGAUGAAGAUUCUUGUAAGCGGCCCAGGCUGGACCCGAGCCCUUAUAGUUUGGAGGAAGAGAAGAAGAAACGACAAGAAAGGAUUGAAGCAAUAGGAGAGCAGCUGAAGACCUUAGGAGCACAGCAGGAGGAGCUGAAGGCUAAGUUACAGCAAAACCGCGAGCUCCAGAACUAUUCUGGAGUCAGUCACAUACAGCAACAGCUGGAACAACUUUCUACACAGCAGAUGCAGCUUAUUAACGAGCAGAGUGAGCUGAACAAACAGUUAAAGAGACUUGAGAGGUACUCCUUGGGAGGAAGGGGAUAUGGACAUAUUUCUAACUGCUCAGAAUCAGAAAAACUUGAUACUGAUGACACAGAUUCCCAGUUCUCAGCAUAUAGCAACACCUCUUCACCCCCCUUGAGUCAGGAAGCCCAGGACAACCCGUCGCUAGAUUUCAACAAUUCACUCCCGACCACAGAUAUGUUCAACACCAUGCGAAUGGUGUCAAGUAGUAAAAAAACCAAUGCCCAAAUCACCAAACAGUUGGUUCAGGAGACUCUUAUGGAUGAAGGACUUCGUGUUGUUAAAGAACUCGCCAAUCAGAUUAAAGAUGAAAAUGAUAGCUCUACUGCAAUCUCCAAGAUGGAUAUCCGUUCUCGAUCUCAUGCUUUAAAAGCAGAGAAAGAGUAUGUGAAUCAUUCUUCUGCUUCUACCAGCUCACCAUCAGCUGUGACAGCCUCAUCUGGUCUUUCCAGCAGUACCCCUUCAUCUACUACAUCUUUAGUCGUCUCACCAACAACUCAAAAUGGUUAUGGCAUGCUCAGUUUGAAUGGGCCAGUAUAAUGAGGAUCGUAAUUGAAAAAUAAGUGAAGUUGGUAAAAACUAUACUGUCUGAGGUGUCGGUUGCAACACUUGAUCUUUCUGCAAGGUGAAAAAUCUGUGUACAAGGUCACUAAGAUUUCUGGUGGUGAGAUUAGAAAAAAAAAUGACAAGAAGUAUUGAGUUAUAUCUGCAUAAUUGCGCAGUGCUCGUGUAGACAAUCUCCCUCUCAGACUGCUACAUCAUCAUUUCGGUUUAAUUUUUGUUUUCAAAACUGAGAUAUUUUUCAGAAAUAUUCUUUUCAUAAGUACUGCCUUUAAACCAGCUUGUUGUGUUGCGUGCAGACUUUAAGUAUCCCUGCAGCUUAUACUUGAUCCAUAAACUAGAGUACAUUUGUAGAACGGCCAAGUUAAUGUCUGUGUGUGUGCAAUAAGCUGUGCUCGUGUUCACCCUUAGGAUGGACAAAGUAAGAUCUUGUCCUCAGGCCAAGCCAAUCCAAUGGGUCAGUAGUCAGUAAAGAGUACAGAGAUGGGAUCUCACCUGUGAUGUCUAGUUAUCCUUUGCUGUGAUUUGUUGUCGUAGAGAAAGAACCUGCCUAGUGGCCAGUAAUGGAAUUGAAGCAUCUUCAAAAUCACGCUUACUAACAUUACUGUAUUUAGAGAUCUAAACUUUUAACAUUUUGCAAACAAAUUUUAAAAAACUAAGUUCUAACAAAAUAUAAUUUGCUUUAAAUACUGAUUAUAAAGUUUAUAUUUUCGGUGAUAACAUAUAUAUAAAGCUUGGAGGUAAAUGAGUGGGUCAUGCAGCUCUUGUUUCUUUAACGAAAGACGUUGCAAGCUGUCUGUAUUUGUUUAUUUAAUCUCUAUGGCCUAGUCAGGGCACUUGAGUCAAGCAAAUUACUUUAGAAAAUACGAAGGUGUUUUACGCUGUUUUGAAUACAUGAAGGAUACUUUUCAAAAGUCUGAACUUUUUUUUUUAUUGCAAAUCAAAAGAAAAUAGUUUUAGAUAUUAUGUUUAGUGUUUAUUACAAUUGUUUAUAAACUUGUACAAGUUACAUGAGCAACUAACUUUACAACAUACUCCUUGUUCCUUCGUAAGAAAUAAUCUUAAUUUCUCUUGAAAUAUUUAGAUAUUGGUAAAUUGCUACGUUUAUAUGUUAGAUAGCUUAAGGAGUGUUUUUUUUUUUUCAGAUUAUAUUUUGCGGCUUACCGUGUGUAGUUACCAAGUUCACAUUUAUGUUAGACGUAAGAUGGGAAAGGCUUUACCCACACACAGAGGUAUUUAUCACUGUAGAAUGGACCAUUCCAACACACACAAAUUAUAAAUUUAUAAAACCUACAAGCAUGUUUGAUGCAACAUAUACGGUUGACGUACUGAGUUAAUGUGUAUCUAUUCUGCACUGAAGUAAUGGCUAUUUUAUAGCUUUGAAACCUGGCGAAUAUAUUCAUGUAUCAGUUGUGCUUGAAAGUUUGAUAAGUUAACUUUCAGUCAAAUAGACUGCAUAGUGUUGAAAUGACCCAUUGAUACUAAAUAUAGAUAUUGCUUGUAAAUUUUUUUAUUAACAAAUUUAUUUAUUUUUUGAAGGGUAUUUGUAUUGUUGUGAAACCUGGUGGGAAUCAUUAAAUUUUUUUUAUAACAAAAUUACUUUCUACAUUUAACAUAAAACGCUAUUAGUCAAGUAAGAGAUUGGGUAUAAUACAAUACUAAUACUUGGUUCAAUAACCAAAUACUCUGUGUGAUAUGGGAAUAAUAAUUACUUUUCAUUUUGCCAAAAGUUCAAAAGAAGUCCAGGCAUGUGAUAUAAUGUGAUACUUGUGAGUCAUAGAAUUUUACAUUAGGAUAGUUUUUAUGGUGAAACUGGGUUUCUAAUAAUACAAAUGAUGGUAAAUAUGUUUGUCGUUCUUCUCAAUUGCAACAAGAAGGUUUGGUCUUCGUAAGCGAAGGAGACAGAGAAUAACUUAUCAAAAAUAAUUUGGCUUCUGAAGUCAUAUUCUGUAUAGCCACACUGGGUCGGAAUAACAAGGAAAGGGAUUAUUGAAAGAAAUUAGAGAUUAUCAGAUAAAAUUGAUAAUUGUGAUAGAAUCCGUGUGUAUUUCAUCAGUUAAAAACUGUAUUUUAUGAAGUCAAUUUCCUGUUUAAAAACGGAUCACAUUUAAGUACAACUACGUUUUAUUCAUGAUAAUAUGUAAUGAUACGAAAGCGCGUCAUAUGUUGUUUAUAAAAUAUAUUUCUGUCUUAAAUGAUACGUGUGUAAAUCACAAAGAAUAGCGAAAUAUCACAAAUUUUCUUAUCACGUACUUGCAGGUAAGUCUUAACACGUAAGAAACUUCCCAAAAUCAGUUUCUUCUCUUUAAUCAGUAGUUAGUCACGUGAUAAAAUAUUUGCGUGAUGUUUAAUGACUGUUGAAAUAUGCAUUUAGCAUUUACGACUCGUGCAAGACGUUUUCCCCCUAUAUUAUUGUGUUUUGUUAGUUUAACUUUCAAAUAUCCUAAGGAGUAUCCUUUAUGCAUGCAUGUUAGUCGCGCAGGCGGCGGAAGCUGUCAUUUAAAUGCCUUUCCUCUGGUACGCAUCUCAAAACUAUAAGAACUAGAAAACUUAUAUAUGGAUUAGUUUUUACUCGUUUGUAGUUUUUGGCGAAUUACCGUUAUAUCUUAAUAUAUAUAUAUAUAUAUGACUAGUAUAGGUAACGUAUCGAAUCUGUUACCAACUGCUUAUGUUACUGCAUACGAAAAGCUUAGUCUCUGAAUAGCAUCGCGUCAGUACUCAUUUGUUUAAUUCCUAUUUCUAUUUAUAGGUCAAUAUCCAGUCUGUUCGUAAUAUCAACUGGACAUUGCUAUCCAUUUUCAGUUGCUUCACUCAUUACCCGUAAUUGGUACCAUACUAAAACGACUUUUAAUCCGCUCCCAAUUUUACUGGAAAUUUCUAUCGAACUAAUCUUUGCUUGUUUUUUGAGAUAUAUGCCGUUUAGGACUGAAGAAGGUUUUCACACAGCAUGUCGUCUACCUCAAGAACCAAGACAGGAGCUGUCCAUGUGAAAGUUUAGCUUUGCAUUGUCCUAAUCGCAUGAACGACCUGAUAAGAAACAUUAAACUUCUCAGUUUUUUCACCAUUGAAACAUUGGGAUAACAAAUGGCUAUUCAAGUUACUGCACAUGGAAGAUUUGACAUAAAAGAAAAAAUCAAAGUUUUUUAGUACUCGCAGUUUUAAUAUUAUUUCUUCGUAAUAAUAUUCUAACACUUAGAUGUUUCAGUUGAACUUGUCACAUGUUGUAGAUAGUUUACGGAUUUUUUUCUAAUUCAGACUUCAAUAAAUUAUCACACAGCUUAAGACCUGAAUGUUGUAACACAAGUUAGUUACCUGAUAUCAGAGAAGACCUUCUGGUAAGUAACUGAGUGCAAUUAUAAAUAUUCCAAGCUUGGAUUUACCACAAGGGAGCAAAAAAGAAAAAAAAAAGAUACAUUUCAUUGUCACUGAAUUGGCAAUAAUAACAUCUUGAGACAGCAUUCUUAUAAAAUAUAUCUGUUUUACCAAAUAAACAAGCAGGUCGUCAACUACGUAAGGUGUAAUAACAGACUUGAGAAAAACAAUGUUAAUAAUGGUUUCUCUGUUAUAUCUUCAGAAUUUUUCUACAAAACGACAACUUAGCUGAUCACGGGAAAGCAACGGAUGUACCAUAUGGUUAGGUUGCUCAUCAGGAACCUGUGAUAUUUGAAUCUUGGUAUUCCAAAGCCAAAAGUAAAUAAAUGAAAAGAAUCACCCUAUAGUGUUUCCCCCCAUAAUAUUUACAUUUAACGUAGUGCAAAUGUGCAGUUUUCAGUUAUGUUAGUUUCUUUGUUGUUGGUGUUAACUUGUAUAUUACAUUAUAAUCCAUACGUAUUGAUGUUUUUUGGAUAUUUCUAAAUACACGCUUUGUGGCAAAACCAUUUUGAGUGUCACAAGUUAAACAAGCUUUGAAAUGUAAAUGUGAUGUUAUAUAUAUUUGUAAGAUGAAAUUAAUCGUAUAUUCUUGUACAUAUUUCCCCUCAGUGUGGCUGUACAAAACAAAAUCCAUUUGCAGUCACAGAGUGUGACACUCCACGUGGCAAUCUCACUGUAGAACUUUCAUGGGCUUUAUGUAAGUGUUUGUACGUACUGAGGGUAGGCUUAGCCUUCCAGUAGUCGAACUGAGUGACCAAAGAUAUCGUUUAACGUGUCGUCUACUAUAAGCUAAGUCUUUUGGCGGUUGUAAAUGGGAGCACAUCACUUAUUCAUGUACUCGACAAAUAAGAAAACUACUUGAAGAAGGUGUUACAAACCGACUUGUGAUCACUCGAAUGCUAAGUUCUAUUUCAUGAAACUCUGUAGUAGUUUUGAACAGGUAGUAUCCACUUCGCAUCGAUCACUACUGAAAUGUUAUUGUUAGUUAAAGAUAGGGCCAUCUUCAUGAAUGGUCAACAAAGUACAACAACGAAGUACUUAAUUCAUUACAAGAUGUCUUUCUAAGAUUGCUGGUUGAAUUUUAAGUCAGUUAUGUGUUCUCUUUGUAGAAACAGGUUAGAAAAAGUUUUGAGGAAACAAUAAAUCAUAGAUCUUAUUCAAAUAUAGUUGAAACGUGUUGUAAAUAGAAUCUGCCAGGAGAAGGUCCUUUCAUUAGUUGGAAUGUAAUGACUACCAAUAUUUGUUUAACGAUAUUUCCAGCUGUUUUACUAAUUCUACCCAACAAAAUAUAUUGGAUACGUUUAAUAUUUGUGACCCAAUACUUAGCUGAGAAGUAUAUAACAUCUGAAAUAUCCUUUAAACAGGCGUAAUAAAUCUUUUGUUAUUAAAAUAGAGAAUUCCAAAUUUUUUGUUGCACACUUUAUACCUAUUUAAAAUACAAAUAAAUAGAUUUAUUUUUUAUCAGUCUGAUCAACGAGCCAGUGUUUAUUUUUAUUUACAGACCAUUGCUGUAAAAAGAAUAUGAGUAACGUUAUUAUCAGAUGCUUCUUUCUCAACAAACAUGCACGUCUUCUCGAGACAUAGUGUUUGUACAUCCUUCUUAAGUCAAAUCAUCCUCCUUUGCCUCAGAAAUAAACAAACGGGCUUGCUAGAUCUUUAUUGAACAUUUAAGUAGUUGAAGGUAAUCAGUUCUAUGAAUUGUAUAUCCAUAAAUUUGUGUUUGCAGUCUUGGGUCUACAUGAUCAAUUUCUAUAACAUGCUUUUAAGAAAUGCGCAAUGCGUUGUGGGUUUACUGGCUUUUAGAAAUAAAUAACAAAAUAUCAUUUUUUUUCAAAAUUUCAUAUAUUAAACUCAUGACUUCCAAAAAGUUCAUUUUGAAUUUUUUUUAAAUUCACCAUUCACCAUUUUGCUAAACUAAGACGUUUCACACACGUAUAACUACACCCCCUGUUUCUAUGAUUUUCUUUAUGUAGAUAUCUUUAAUUUCAACAUGCUUUAUCAUGAGAACAGGAAGAAAAAUAAAAAGUACAUCUGUUUAUAAAGGUUUUUGUAGUGAUAGUCGCUGUUAUUAUGAAUACUGUUAUAAAGUUUUAUUAUGAGAAAAUUACAUAUUAAUAGUUAAAUAUGAGACAUUUUCACUUUCGAGAUAAUUUUUCUUUUGUUCUUUCUAGAAACUAGCACCAACGCGAUAUUUCGAAUAUUUCACUACAGCAUUGUUCAUAUUAAUUGGGAAUCUAAUGUUCUGGAAAGCAAUCACAAAUGUUGUUUUUUUCCUGUUGAAGUUUAUACUAUUAUUAAACAUAUAUAUAUGUGUGUGUGUAUGGCUUACACUCAAUUUAAAAUGUUUUGGUUAGUCUUGUUUUGAUCGUUAAUAUUAAAAUGUACUACUCAUAAAAUCUUAUCAUCACGCCUAGUGUGAGGUUUUGUUUCUCGUUUUCACAUUAUACUGCAAAAUUAUAGAACAUUCGCCUACCUGAAUGUACAGAUGAAUUACUGGAAAUGUCAUCAAUGUAUUAGUCAAAUUAUGAUGACGUGCAAACUGGAUUUGUUUUCCAUCCAAGUUAACGCUUGAUAUGAUAUUACAUUUGAACUAGUUUAUGUAACUGUGGAUUUAGUAUUUUGAAGUUGUUGAUAGCCCAAGCACGUUUUGUAUUUAAUGAGAUAUCUUAAUUCUAUUGCAAAGAGAAAUAACAUCUACCUGUUGUAUGAUUUUGUGUUAUAUGCAGUUAUCGGCUACCGUACGAUUGCCCCUUGUGACUGAAAAAAGUACAUAAUUUGAUUUAAUAUUUAUAUUGUCUAAUAAAAUUUUACAAUUGAUACAAAUACAAGAAAUAAGUUAAUUUUUGGGCCUUGGAAAAUAUCAGACCUACAGACAAGUUAAAAACGUGUUGUUAUUUUGUUGAAAAAGACAAGAUAGUGAUAAUUAAAAAACAAUGUUAAAUUUCUCACCGCAAGGUAGUUGCACCCAUUGCUGGUGAAAUCCAGUUUAGUAAUCUCUCUCUUUUGUGUCCACUAUAAUUACUUUAUUAAAAGAAAUGUUAUUUAACUUGUAUUAAACUCUAUUUUUGUGCUCAGUUUUAGGUUUUCAAUUAUUGGUUUCUUUUGCUUCACAGUUCGGAUAUUUUCUAGCAUUCAGACUAUGAAGCUUUUAUAUUAGUUUAAAGAAAAUUAGCUUUACGACCAUAUAUUUAUAAAUCUGUGAAUAACUCAAUACUUCACUCUCUCCUUGUUUUUUUUCUCUCUCUCUCUCACUCGCUAUAUAAAUAUCGCUCCUAUCAUGCAGUUUUGAAGGCUCUAGUGAAAUGUACACGAUUGUACUGUAAUACUUCACUCUUUCCUUGUUUUUUUUCUUCUUCUCUCUCUCGCUCGCUAUAUAAAUAUAGCUCCUAUCAUGCAGUUUUGAAGGCUCUAGUGAAAUGUACACGAUUGUACUGUAAUACUUCACUCUUUCCUUGUUUUUUUUUUUUCUCUCUCUCUCACUCGCUAUAUAGAUAUAGCUCCUAUCAUGCAGUUUUGAAGGCUCUAGCGAAAUGUACACGAUUGUACUGCAAUACUUCACUCCCUCCUUGUUUCUAUAUGCAGUUUUUUGUCCCUUUCACGUUAGAGGGGAAAGUAUAAGAUAAAAGUGUGAAACGUGUAUUGGAGGAAAGUACAACGCUGUUAUUGGGAACUUUUAAAAAAAUGCGACUUGUACUACAAUAAAGAUCAACUCUCACAGAUUCAGGUUUACGAUAGCCCAUUGUGUUUGGAAGAUAGUGUAAGUAGUGUCACUGUUUGAUUGCUACGGUGGUGGCAGUUCUUCUGUAUAGGUCUGGAUAUAUCUUUGAUGUAAUUGCAAGUUAUUUGUAGUAAACAUACGCUUGUAUAUUGUGGUGUGAAUAUUUCCUUGAAUUAUAUCUUUUUAUUGAUUGCCCUGUGUAUCGUAAAGAAUGCACAUUAGUUGUUGCCACUGUAUAAAUAUAGAAUAAAUACAGUUUAUUCAUUUGUAAAAAAAAAAAAUAUCUUAAAGAAUUGGUGCUCCUUAUUAAUUGUGAGAAAACAAUGAUUGGGGAAUUGUAUUGUGAUCUUACUUAUAUAUAUCGUAUAUUCAUAUACAUUUUGAAGGUAGAACUUUCACAUAGAUUCUCUCAUAUUGUACCAAGUGCAUCAUUGUCUAUAGAAAUCAGCGUUCAGAUUAGGGUUUUAAACAACCAGUGUUAAUGUAGUUUUAAACAGUAAUGGGCUCUUUCUGCCUCUUCUAGCAUACAGUGACAGCUAUAAAUUGUUGUUUGUUUUUUUAGAAUAUAAUGACAUCAUGUUAUCAGUUUCAAAGUGCUUUUCCAGAUUAUCAUAUUAAUUUAACCUCCUAGUCAAUUAUUAGGAAUUUCAAUCAAUCCUCUGUUUGGAGGUUCCAGGAACUUACCAGUAGGUAACCUGAGUAUGUUACUAGUAAGCGAACUGGAAAGCUUACUAGUAAGUAGUUCCAUACCCUAUCUAAUGAAUUUAUAUUUCACUGUACCAAAGAAUGCAGAGACUUCUGAAACUUACCGUAAGAAAGAAUGUGCAUUGGUAAGACAGGUGAAUCCCAUAAGAAUAAAUAUCUUAUGUUACCUACUAGUAAGUACUAUGAGUAUCUCACUAAUAAGUAAAAUUAGUAGUUUACUCGUGGAUUAAAGUAAUUACCAUCAAUAGCUCAUAAGGGUAGAACUUUGUAUUUUGUGUAUGUGUGAAAUGAGAUACUGCAAGAUGUCACUUUCCGUGCAAGAUCUUCUAUGAUUUUCCCCUCUCUUUGAUGGACGUCGUUAAUUUUUCACGAAACAAAUACACAAGACGCGUUGAUACACUUGGCCUAUCUGCAAGGUAUCAGAUUGUUUCAAACCUGUGGAAAAAUUGACUAUAACACACGUACCAACAUCUUUUUUUUUUUUUACAUAGACAGACUGUGCUCUUAUAUACCAAUUCACAAGGUAAUUUUCUAUCAUCUAUAAUGAGGAAUUUGAUUUUCGUAAGCUCUUUUUUGUGCUGUUGUUGUUGUUGUGAGGUGAUAUUAAUACAUUCCACGUUUCACGUGCAUGUGUUGAUUGUCUCAGUUCUUGAAUUCCACUCUUUUAUAACUAAUAACCUGUUUGCAGUCACUACUGGCCAUUAGUUUUGAUAGUCUGGCCCCUACUUUAUACGUAAGCACAUCUGAUGAGGUAAAAAUAAAUCAUAUUUUGUCGUUUGUACGGCACUUGAAACUCAACCGCAUGUUGUUUACUUACUGAUUAGUUAAGCAAAGAAAGGCAGUUCAUCCGGGAUAUCUUUUGAUGGAGUCAGCAUGUUACUUCAACCUGGGUAUAUUAAACAUGUUUGUUGUGGUCUCAGGAACCGUCCAUACAUCCACUAAUGCAGUUACUGUUCGUAAGAACAGCCAGCUCGCCGAGUAGAAAGAACAGAUCACACCAGAGGAACGACACUGGGCCCAGUAAAUUAUAUAAGUAUUUAAAUGAGCUCUUCUGAUACAUUAGUCUGAGGGGCCAUCACAUAAUUCGAUAACUGUGAUAACUCUAAAAGGAGCUUAUGUAAGAAAAACCGACAUAUCGGAAUGUAGAUGAGAACAAAGUGCCUGCUUUCAUCGGUUUUCAUUCCACUCUUCCAGCUCCUGCACUGAGACUACAAAAUAAAGUUGGUCAUGCAGCUUGCUUCUUUGUCCAGUAAAUUCCCAUCCUCGUCGCACAUGUUUCGUGAGUAUAGGUACGGACUCACAUAGAAAACUUGCUGGAAGUCGAGAUCUUGCAGUUUCUCUAUCUCCACUUUCUUUUCUUCUGAUUAUAUCUUCCGCCACGCAGUGUAGGAGGAUCUGUUUGUUUCAUCCUUUCUCGUGUGUUCUUCCAGUUUGAUUUUUGUACACUUGUCACUGUGAAUAAGCUGGUAAAAUAAAAUGAUAAAAAUGGA